AUGCAUAAUUUUGAGUAUGAAACAAGUUCAGUCCAUUAUUUGAAAAAUGAUAUUAUUUCCAUAUCAGCAUCUGAUGUCAUGUUUCUUUCAUUGCCUUUCAUAGAUGUGUUGCAGGGUACCCAACUUUUAGCCAUAGAUGUUGCUGCAGCUACAGGGUUGCUUAGAAGGAUUCUGGAAAUUCAAUGCGAUAAGAGGCUGCAAGAUACUGUAAAGAAUGGUGAUAUAGAAUCCCUAAGUGUUUUAAAGAGUCAAAUACCUGGGCUAGACUAUGUUGUAUUUGUGAAGGGUUCAGGCCCACAUGAUAUUCAGUAUGAUUAUCAGCAAGACAAACCUCCUAAGGAGAUAAUUGUCAUCUGUAAGUGUGCAGAGGCAGUUCUUCGAGGUGCUCAGGUAUAUGUUCCAGGUAUAUUAGCACGCAAUGCUCAUGUUGAGAAAGGGGAUUUAGUUGAAGUUUCAGUUGGUGUUGAACAGCCUAGUCGUGACAAUGGAUGGGCUAUUGGAAUCACACAUGGCAUUGUCCUACAAGGACUCAAAACAGAUCCUCAAUAUCUUGCAAGAGAUGGAUUAUAUAUUAGUCAAGGAACCACAACCAUGUCAAGGGCAAGAAUGUUUCAUGGAUUAUUAGGUCUUGCUGUGGAUAUGACUGAUACAGUUUUUAAAUUAACAUCCUUUAAUGAUCCACAAGAGGGAGAAAGAAUACUAGACAUGUGUGCUGCCCCUGGUGGAAAAACAACUGCAAUUGCUUCCCUUAUGAAAGAUAAAGGAGAGGUUAUUACAGUUGAUAGGUACUUGCUACCUUGGUUUAAAAAAGCGUGUUGCGGUCCGUUGCGAUUAGGUCCCGGAGACCGAUGCGUGUUGCGAGAUGCGAUUGCGAGCGCAUCACGUAGUGAGAAAUUAAAUGAUGAAGCCAUUGAGGACACGCUUGAGAAGGUAGUAAAGUUGCUUGCCUACAUUAGUGAUAAAGAUCUAUUUGCUGAAUUUUACAGGAAAAAACUUGCUAGGUGGCCUUGUUUGUACUUUGUAAAAUGUAGGAUUGGGCACUUGAGCUGGAAGAAGUUUUCAUAGGUUUGAUAAGUUUGUUCCAUAUAAAAAUACAAUCAAGAACAAGAUUCUCCUUUAGCAUGGUAUUGUAGGUUCAAACCUUUUCUGUUAAGUUAUAUCAUUCAUGCAAGAUGAGAAGGGCAUUACUGUCUUUUGCAUGGA